AUAUGCCCGCUGAUCUUGACUCUAUAAGUCCAGAUCUAUCUUAUUCUGUUUUCGUAACUUAGAAGUCUAACAAGACUUGUCCUGUUCUACACCUUGGGAGGGAGGCUAUCUCAACCUUAAGUAACAUUAUGGCUGCGCAAGCCAAUAAGCCCGUGCAGGCGACCAAGCCCAGUACUUCUUCCACGCCAAGUGCUACCGCUUCAGCCAGGCUGGAGAAGACACAUCCAGGCGUUCGCCGCUCGACCCCUGAUUCAGAGGCGUUGGCGUCCUCCGAUGAUGACUUCGAGCAUCCGCAGGCUACAUCAACAUCCACUGUCGCACCCGUUCCAAAACCUACUCGUCGUACCUCAUGGCUCAAUGAAGUCCCUACCAAUAUUCACCGAAAAGCUUCUCUGACCACCACUGGCCCAUUAUCCUCAGGCGCUUCGAACCCAACCAGUCCUGCGACUGACCAAUCUGGAUGGCCUAGCACGAGCCCGGUAAUGAGUAGUUCAAUCAACUGGAACCAUGUUGGGAGUGGCACAUUCCCAUGGGGUACUGGCAUUUGGAACACCGAGUCACGAAAAGAGCCGCCCCCUCGCCUAUCUGAAAUCGUCCCGUCGCCCACUAUGUCUAACCCCUCUACUGCAAGUAAUUAUUUCAAUGAUGAGUUGCUGAGCCCUACAACCCGCACGACGUCUGGCGAAUCGACGAUCCCUUUCAAUAUUCCACUUCAUCCGACCCCUAAGACCUAUCGUUCGCAGUCGUACUCAGUGGGCCAGUUAGAUCCAGAAUUUCUGAAUCUAGUGGGAAACAAGCCUGGGGUGGCUUAUUCGGGCGCUCGCUCUCGAAAUGGUGGCCAGUUCUCUGCGUUGCAACAUCGUUCGUCCCGACCCAGCCUUCUUGGAGAGUUGGGCCACGACCCUGCUACCCUCGGUCGUGUUCGCGAGGAUGAUGACGGGGAGGAGGGAAGCCCCAAUGACUCGGACCAUAGUCUCAGUAAUUACACCAGCAACCAGGCCCGCACCAUUGAACAACUUUCGAGAGAAAACGCCCUUCUGCGUCAGGCCGCCGGGCAGAUAGACAACAGCUUCCGAGACCGUGCUAUGUCAUCUGCUUCAGCGACCAGUGGAUACGUCGUUGGCGCAGGCGCUCAUAACUUGCAUCGCAUCCGCGGCAGUGUUCCGGAAGAAUCAGACCUGGCGGUGGAAGACCUUGACGAAGUAGGCGACAUCCCUGGUUACAGCAGUAUCCACGGCAGUGCCAGAAGGAGAUUUUCCGAACACUCGGCUAAUCUAGAGAAACAAUUCCCAAACCUCGCUGCAUUGGAAAAUCGAGCUCUGGACAAUGCGAGAAAGGCUCAUUGGCAGUCUUCCCUCGGCUUUGGCAGUAUGGCUGACAUCCCUCAGAGUCGACGACACUCAUUUGCUGAUAUCCCAAUUCGACACGGUUCCAUAUCUGGCGAAUCGCAGGUAGCUGCAACCUCCAGGCCUGGGAUUGGAGACCGGGAGGAUAGCUAUGCUGGUGUCACUGAACCUUCCCUUUCAAAUGCGCAAGGCCAGAAUCGUGAGUAUUAUCAUGUUCAUAUGGCCCCUCGUCCCGAGGAGCAUGAGAUGGAAACGGAGUAUUUACGAGCUCGUCGAUUUGCAGAAUCCUACUUUGCUCGAGACCAAGCUCUUCGUGCCGCUGAAGCUCCUUCGGCAGUGCCUACUUCCCUUCACCACGCAUAUACAAUGCCGAAUGCCUAUGCCCGUCAUCAAGCUGGCCUCGCGCAUCCACACCAGAACCAGCUUCUUUACAUUGUGACGUUCAAAUGCCAUCGUGCGGAUGUUUUCUACAUCCAAGAAGACACCGGCCUUCAGGUGAAACCUGGUGAUUUAGUCAUCGUCGAAGCCGACCGUGGCACCGACCUUGGGACCAUCCAACACGCCAACGUUUCCAUGCAAAGAGCUCGUGAACUAAAACAACAGUAUGCCGAAGAACAUUACAAAUGGUUGAUGAUGUUUUCUAGACAAGGUCAGACCGGAGCUGCCAACGUUAUCAGUUCCUCGGGGGGGCUGAACAACCGCAGCACCAUUGGUGGCAUGGGUCCUCAUGGCUCCCAUGGGGUGCAAGAGUCUGCUGCAGAUAUAAAGCCGAAGUUGAUCAAGAGACUGGCACAAAACCAUGAGAUUUUGACAUUGCGCGACAAGGAAGGUAACGAGGCAAAGGCCAAGCGGGUUUGUCAACAGAAAGUCGCAGAACAUCGGCUCAACAUGGAAAUACUUGAUGCGGAAUUUCAAAUGGACUGGAAGAAGCUCACUUUCUAUUACUUCGCGGAUUCCUACAUCAACUUCAACUCUCUCGUGACUGAUUUAUUCAAGAUCUACAAGACUCGGAUUUGGAUGUCAGCCAUCAAUCCAGCUUCAUUUGUGACGCCCCCAACUGCUGGGUUGCAGGCCCCAAACCCUCUGGGCUACAAUGCAGAGUCUCAAUCAGACCGUUCUCACCACACAGAACACAGAACAUACGGCCACGCUCGCGACGGAGUCGAUAGAGAAGCUAUUGCCAAUCAGAUGGGAGCUUUGCGUAACGUCUACACAGAGUCCUACCAACCUUUCGGGCAGGCUUCCCGCCAGCCAGAAUCAGGUUUGGGUGCGCUCGCUACCGGGGACCCGUUUUCUCCCUAUCCACCAACAGCGUACGGUGGCUUGGAGUCUAGUUAUGUCGAUUAUGCAACAAGUCCUGGCACAACCGCUGGUCCUCGUAUUCACCAGAACCCAGCGGAUUGGGCAGGUCGCUUUCAGGGACUGUCGCUCAACUCCUAAGUCUGGUCCCAAGGCUUCCUAUCUGCGAGACUAUAUGCUUCAUGACGUCGAGAACAGGUGUGAGUCUUAUAGAAGCAGUUUGUCCGGAUGACGACUUCACAACAUUUCAUUCAUGUCCAGGGCGCUGGUUGGUUGCAACUGGAGCCUCAUCUGCUGCAUCAAAUAAAUGGUUCGAGAUUCUUUUCUCUGGGGCUCGGUAGACGAAACAAAUACAUUGCAAACCAGCUAUUCGUCACGUCUGUCCUUCCAAUACUUUUUC